UUCACAUAAACAGAACAAAAUGCUCAGCUGGCCCGACGGCAGCCGAGAGCUGUAACUUCGUGACAGUCUCGGACCCUCUUCACUAGCAUGCUCAUCUUCACUUUAUGAACGUUUAGGAACCGCCACAGCCAAACAAUGAGAGACAUCCUUAAGAGGAAGUUUGCAGAAGUGGAGGAAAAUCCCUGCUACUCCCCUCCCUCCUCCUUCUGCUCCUCGUCUUCUUCUUCUUCUUCUUCUUCUGCUUCUCCAUCUUCCCUCUCCUCUCCUACCUCCUCUGAGUGGGAGUCGGACGGGGAGGGAAGCUCCUCCGAGAACCAAGACUUCACACCUCACAGUCCUGCGUCAGCCUCCGGAUCGCCCAUUUGGCCCAUCCUGAAGAAGCCGAAGCUUUCAAAAAGGCCGAACAGCGUGCGCUUCGACCAGGUGACGGUGUUCAGCUUCCCCCGCUCCCAGGGCUUCACCAGCGUGCCCAGCAGAGGAGGUGCCACCCUGGGCAUGGUGCGCAAACACAGCGCCCUCCGAAGGUACACCGUGGACGAGCAUGCAGUGGAGCAGCGCAGCAGGCGCAGAGAGAGGCACAGAGAGAAACUAAUUCAAGAGAGGUUUGAGGCACUAAAACACCAACUGAUCAUAAGUGGAGCUGUUGACCAAAACGAGGCGGAGAAGCUGACGACGGAUCAAGUUCUGGGUGGAGACCCUGACAUUCAUGUUAGUGAGUCUGACUUGGAGGACGGAGGCUACCUUCAGCCGUUCUCUUCCAAACAGCGACAGGCUCUCCUCCUGGCGGCGGGGGCGAAGGUCAUCGACAAGGAGGAGAAGAGGCAGCUUCACGCUCUGCGGCUCUCCAGGGAGGCCUGCGGCUGCGACUGCCGGGGCUUCUGCGAGCCGGAGACCUGCGCCUGCAGUCAGGCAGGCAUCAAGUGCCAGGUGGACCGCUUCAACUUCCCCUGCGGAUGCACCAAGGACAGCUGCGGAAAUGUGCAGGGGCGCAUCGAGUUCGACGCCCGGCGCGUUCAGACCCAUUACAUCCACACGCUCAUGAGGCUGGAGCUGCAGAGGCGACUGCGUCGUGAAACGCUGGUCUCGGGGGAGCAGGCAGGUGUGACCGAGGAGCUCAGAGACUGUUCAGGACACAACGAGGUCAGUGCAGAGCAGAGCGCGCAGGAGAGCAGGUGUCCAUUCAGGUCCGGCCUGGAGGAGGACCUGCUUCCUUUUGCCAUGCCCGCCGCUCCUUCUUUCCGCUGCAUCCCGGACCAGCUGGUCGUUGAGGAGAACAGCUGCAGCAGCGACAUGUCCGAAUCCUCCCUCUCCUCCUCCGAAUGCGACGCAGGACAAUUCUUCAGCGGGACCCAGACACUUCCGGACAGAGGCGCAGAUUUGACCCAUGACUCCGGCAAUAAGAACUUCUUCUCGUGCGCCCAAAACCGGCACAGAUGCAGCUCUGCAACCUCAGACGACGACAGACCGCAUUCGCCCGUUGCGCUCGCAGACAACAUUGACGCCAGCAGGAACUAUCUCGACGAGAACGCCAAUCAAUCCAGAGACUUUUUCAACGAGGACUCUUUCGAGGACUUCCCUAACACCCCGUCUCCCACCGUGGGCUACUCCUUCAGCGGAUACAUGGACCUGAGCCUCUCCUCUGACUCCGACCUGGAGUUCUUCCACAGGGACUAUCCCUCCGGACCGCUGCACAGCUCCUUCAAAGAGCACAGACACUCCGACAGCUUUCAGCACUUCCAGCUGUUCAGUUCGGUGAAUUUACCACAGCAGGAGUCGAGCAUCCAGCUCCUAGAGUCUCUGAUUGGCUGAUUCAGACACUCAUCUUUCAUACCCAAUUUAAUGAAACACCCACACUAGUGCU